AUGAAUUCCCUAAUAGCUACUUCCAUCUUCAUCUUGGCUGUGUCAAGCGUGCUAAGUCAUGCAAGAGCAGCGCAGCUGCCUCUUUUGAACGCAGUUGUGGAAGGUAACGACAAACGGUUUGGACGAUUCCUUCAUAUUACGGACAUGCACUUGGACCCCUACUACGAAGAAGGUGCACCGAUAGCGACAAGUUGCCACGGAAUAGCGGAUGUUCUGAUCGCACGGAAGAAACGACCACAAACCGACGCAACAGCAGGGAAAUAUGGGACUCCUGGAAGUGGCUGUGAUUCCCCUCUAUUACUCAUCAAUGAGACAAUGAGAUUCAUUGCGGGAAUAUUGAACGCUGGGGACAAGUUGGAUUUUGUUGUGUGGACUGGAGAUUCUGCCAGGCACGAUAGCGACUCGCGCAUUGUACGAACGGAAGGAGAGAUACAGGCGCUGAACGCUUUGGCGGUGGAGUUCCUGUUAGGAGCAUUUCCGUCAGGGGGCGAGAAAGGGUCAAUCCCGAUCGUCCCGAACAUUGGCAAUAACGAUAUUUGGCCACACAACGACCUGAUAUACACACCAUCUAUUCCGAACCCGACGUUAGACUUUUAUGCUACAUUAUGGAAACCAUUCAUACCCGCUGAUCAGACUGAAGAGUUCCGGCGACAUGGAAGCUUUGCUGUCGAGGUCGUUCCAAAUGUUGUUGUUGCCUCAAUCAAUACCAUGUACCUCAGUGAUGGGAACAAGCAAGUUGAUGACUGUAGGGCAUCUAAAGAUGAUCCGCUGGCUGCUGGAGAUGAUGUUCUUCAAUGGCUUGCAAAUGUGCUGAAUGGAGCGCGCCAGGGCGGAAAGGCAGUGUAUAUUGCCGGCCAUGUACCACCCACCCCAAUCAACUUUUAUCCGAACUGCUACGAAAGCUUUUCCAAACUCAUGAUAGAUUAUACAGACGUUGUUGCUGGCCAGUUUUACGGUCAUAUGAACAUUGAUCACUUCUUUUUCCCCACUCCAGCGAACGCUGUUGGUGAGGACUCAACAUCGACUACCGAACAAGGGGCCAUAGCGGAAUCUCUGCGGGCGUAUAUGCCUUAUUUUUCGGCUAGCUCUCUUGCCCCAUUGACAGAGCCCCUUCCACCACAUGCCGGAGGUACUGUAGGUACAACUAUACCUAGCUGGCUCAAUCUCUACUGCCAUUACCUCAUCAGACAUUAUACCGAACUGGUACAUCAAGUCAAGAAGAAUCCAGACCUGCGGGUACCACAGCCUGUCUUCGUGUCUCCCUCAGUGGUUCCGUCCUUCAAUCCUUCCUUAAGAGUAUUCGAAUACCGGAAGAGCAUGGGUGAUGUUCAGUCUACUGUAGGCCAUCUGAUCGGGUACACCCAGUACUUUGCCGACAUUGAGAAAUGGAACAAGCGGAGCAAAAUUGGGGAUAUGACUGUUCAAAAGGACGAAUUCCCAGGAUAUAUUUACGAGACAGAGUAUCGUCCAGGAUCCUUGUAUGGUUUAGAGAAAUUUGAUGCUGAAGAAUGGUUACGAUUCGGCGGACGGAUGGCAGGAAUUGGAGCAGACAAAAAUACAGCUGCCCAAUUAAGGGAAUUAUAUCUCGCUAAUUUGGUAGUUAGACUGAAGGGGUUGAAGGUGCCGGUUUGA